AUGAUCGUCACUGUGAGAAGAGGUAAGAGAGUUUUUUGUUUUGUUUGAUGUUUGGAUCAGUAAGAUUGGUUCUAAUUUUUUUUUUGGAAUCAUUAUCAAAUGGGUAUGUAAGUUGGCACCAUCAAAUCCCCUUCCCUUGAUCACAAGGGCUGUCCGGACGUGAAGGAUACCUGGACUUACGCUCCGCCGAACUCAAAGAUGAACCUACCGCCUUCCUCGUACGGGGCUUCGUUCAGUUCCACAAAAACGUCGUUGACGACAAAAUAGUCCAGCCGGAGGUGCUGAGAGUUAACAGGGCUACAUUGUGAGUUUUUUAUAUUCUACUUGGUCUUUAAACAUUGUCCAAUUUUGAGUGUAAAGUGUAAAUUUACAGGUGGAUGUCGACUUUUCCGUCAAAGACGUGCCUUAUCAACCCGUGACAAUCUCCAUCGUCAAUAUUAACAUUCACGCAGUCGAAGAGAGGGAGUUGGAAUGGUGUUUUUCGGUAAGGCAAGGUAGCAUGAUAGUAGUCAUAAUCAUAUCUUUUAUUUAUAAGACUGUGACGUCCAGAAGCAGGGUCACCAAUGGAAAGAUGGUAUCGCUUCGAUAUUGCAGAAGACGGGAUUCAUCAAGCGGGUGAGUGAUUUAUAUUGUAGCAGGCUUGACUUUUAGGCCAUGCGAUACGGAUACUCGACUGUAAUGAUGGUGGUGAAUGACUUGUUCCUCUUCGACGUAACCCUACCCUUUCUUGCAAUCGUCGUUUGGGAUCACCACAAGAAAUGCCCGGUUCCUCGAGUUAAAGGCGGCAUGAUCAAAGUCUUUGACAGGCGUUUGACUGAAAUUCUAUUUGUGCGAGCAGUUUAUUGAAAUAAAUUGUGUAAUUAUUGUAGUAGUAUUUGUAUAAUUUUUGAUUAAUUGCGACAUCAAAAAAUAUUUUUUGAUUCGUUCGGCAUCAUAAAUUUUUGAUGUGCGUCACAUCAAAAAGUUCAGGUUGUUUUUUUUUCUUUUUGAUAAAACGAAACAUCAAAAAAACAAUUUUUGAUGUUUGCAUCAAAAUCUAAUAGACUGAUGAAAAACAUCAAAAAUAUAUGAUGUUUUUUCUUUCAGUGUGGUAAGAAGAUCGAUGGAUAGCGUAGAGCAGGUGCAUACCCAAAAAAAGUUGUAGGAAGUGCCUACGAAUCCUGGCAAAGCCGUGUGACAGUCGGCGGACGCUCGGCGAAGGCUCGGCGGAGACUUGGAGAAGACUUACAAUAUAUCCAAUUUUUCUAAUCUUGGCUAUUACUAACGUUAGUUUUCUUUACCCUGAGUUAUUGUAGCAUAAAAAAGACCGAUAUUCAACGAGUUUUUGCAGACCACGGAGAGAGGUCAGGAAGACAAUUUUUGGCCAUUUUUUUACCCAUUUCAUAAAAAAAAAUGAUUUUCUUUUCUGCGGAAAAGUCAAAUACCACAAUUUUUCAGAAUUAACUCGCAAAAUUUUUUGGGCUUUCCGAGCUGCGCCCAGCCAUCUUUGGCCAACUUUCAGAUAGGAGUAAAUUGGCCCUUAUUGUCAGAAGACGAGCCCUUUGGACGUGAAAUUAUGCAAGAAAAAACAUUUAUUUCCUCGUGAUCUAAGAAAUACAUGAGCUUUUUAUGAUCAUCUUUUGAAGUCCUGUGCAUUUCGCACAUUAAAUUUCCCAGUUUAUUUUUAUUCAUUUUUUUCUAGAAGCUCUUAUCAGGAAGCUUUCUGAUCGCACGUUUGGGAAGGGAAAUGAAGACGUCCAUUAAAUUUUCUUGUAUCUCUCCGAAUUCCUUUUUUUUUUAUUUUCGUGGGUGAGAGAUUCGAGAAAUUUCUACGCUUUCAGAAAAAAUCUCUCUGAUUCAUUAAUAAUUCUUUUAAAAGUUUUAUUAAUAAGAUUACGCGUGCCCGCUUUUUCUCCAAUUUAGUCUUUAAAGAACACUCCUUCUAGACCGUUCUUUUGAGAUCUCCGUAGUCAUUUUUGUUUGUCGAAUUGAGCUUUUCUGGAAAAUUUUUUGUUGAUUUUUCCCAAGAAAUUGUGGGAAUUAUUUUUUUUUGGAAUUGAAUUGUUGCUCCCGUGUAACUGCUGAUUUGAAACAAAUUUUUAAACUUGUUGUGAUUGAUACUAACGGUGUUUACCAUAAUUUAUGCUAAGCUUGUGUUUGAAAACUUCACAUCAGUUUGUCGGGAAAAUAAUGGGCGCUCUAUCGCUGGGCAGAUCGCGUCGUUGAAGUGAAAAGAAAUUUGAUUUUGCCGCGAUACAAUUCAUUUUCUCGGCUUCGAUGCGAUUUUUCCUGCGACAGAGUGCUCAUUAUUUUCCCGACAGACUGAUACAUCAGAAUUUUAAAUUUGACCAAAAUUAUGAAAAUUACAUCUCGGCAAGAAGGUCGAUCGAUCGAGGGCUGUAGGUUUACAAUCGUACCGGUGUUAGAGGUUUAUUUCUUUAUUGUCCCAGGUUAGACUAUCCCAGGAUGUUUCUAUGCCGAAUUUGGAGGUUGUAGGCAGAGAUUGCCACGGCUCCGGAGCCGGAAAUUUUGGGGUCGGCUCCGGCUCCCGAGCCCAAAGUCGCAGCCAGGCUUCCCAGCGGUCAGAAAAUUAAAAAUUUCGUGAUCUUGUUAACCAAAUUACUUGAAAAAACACUGCGGAGGAUGUGACUUGACUGAUGAAAUAUGGCACUAAUAACUUUUAUUUUUGGAAAAAUAUUUCUAAAAAGACAUUUUGCAUAGGAGCCGGGAUUCGGAGCCGGGGGCCUUUUUAAAUUUUGCACGGAGCCAAGAGCCGGAGCCGGAGCUGCAAAUUUGGCCUCGGCUCCGGCUCUGGGAGCUAAGAGCCGGAGCCGAAAUUUUGACCGUGGCAAUCUCUGGUUGUAGGCCCAGCGGUUUCCGAGAUACGAGGUUGAAAGAAAAUUUUGUCACCCAGUAUAUGGCUGGGACUUUGGCUGUUUACUUGAGAGAUCUGAUCUAAUUAUGGCCCCAUGGUCUUCUGGAUAUAGUCUAUACGGAGAAUAAUGAGGAUCCAUUGCGCCUUGGAAUCGCUCUUCAUCGCUUUGUGACGGCCAGCCGCAGCUGGAAAUUGAUGCACGAUGUGCACCCUUUUUUUUGAUUAGGCAAGAAGUUUUGCUGCGAACAAUCCACAUUAUUUUCCCGACAGACUAAUACAACCCUAUUUAUUAUUACGCCAAAUAAGGGUGGUUUUCGAAUUUUGGCCACAGAUUCUGUGGCACAGAAGGGAGUUCUUUAGUGGCCAAGAAUUGUCUUUGCGAAAUUACAGUUAUUACGCCUUCCGGAAGGUCGCCGGACCGGCGCGCUCUGAAAAAAACAAAGGUUCACUUUGCACCGUGCAAUAGGCUUUUUUGGGCUGUCGCUCGUACCUUGUGUUUUCUUGCACAGUGAAAACGUCAAAGAUCGGUCCGGCGGGGCCAAGUCCUUAAUUUUUUUUGUGGAAUGCUCUAGACUUGUCUGUUUUUCAACUCGAAAACAGCACUUAUUUGAGCGUAAGAACAACGAGCUCGGACUUCAGCAUUUUUGUUUUUUCCUAUUGGGGCUUCCGGAGAUUGGCACGUCUAGACAAUUGUGAAAUCGAGGUAUACCGGAUUUUUUGUAUCUCUGUGCAUGGCACGAAAAUCACUUAGAAACUUACGAACUCACAGGGGAAGUACCCCAAGUGCGGCGCUCAGAUUUUGAUGAAAGUUGGCACAAAUUUAGAAUAAUUUUUUCUAAGAUAUAUGCGAGAAUCCUAGCUCGCGCUUUGCAGAAACAACCGAGAUUUUUAGAUCGAAAGUCGGCGAAAAUUUAGGACUUUUUGCCGAAUUUCGGCACGAAAAGUUUCAUGCCUAUUUCUACCGUAAAGGAUAAUGUUUCUACAAAAAAUCAAUUUUUUCCGCACGAAACUGCCAAAGUUAUGGCCAAAAAGCGCAUUUCGCUCUGGCCGUUCUCCACGUUUAGCGUGCUCUCUCGGCGGCAAAAGUCGUUUAAUAUCUCGGCGGCGCCUGCAAAGCGCGAGCUAAAACUUUCAGGAAUUGAUAUUUAGUCUAUUCCCGACGUGUGUGCAAAAUUUAAAGAAAAUCUGAGCGUCGCCCUUGGGGUACUUCCUUUGUCAGUUAUACCAUUCUGUAGGGAAAAUAAUGUGGAUUUGUCGCGCCUUGAACCUCGCCCAUCAUCGCGGCUAGCCGCAACCAGAGCUUUGAUGAGCGAUUACAAGAUAGUUUGCAGCGACAAAUGUGCAUCUUAAAAUAUAUUAUGUUUUACGAACGCACUGGUACUUCAAGGUUAUUUCCAGAACAAUUCUCCCCAUUUUUUAUUGUUUUCCGCUCGCCGUUUCCCGAAGUAAAUAAGUCUGCCCAGAAAGACUGCUUGUUUUUUCUCGAAGAGUACAAUUUUGACAGCACAGAGGUUACGAAAGCGCUGGAAGGAAAUAAAUCGAGAUUUCGCCUCGUCCAAAAACAACAAAACUUUCGGGGUUCGAGAAAAAUCGGUUUCUUGCAAGAGAUAUUUUUAGAUUAUGAAAGAAAAGUCUUUAUUUUAGUAUUGGCCGUAUUUUAGAAACCCGUUUUUUUAGAUAGGCCUUACGGAAAGUCGCUGGAGUGAUUUCGGCGACAUGCACUGUGCGAAAACAAAGUUUGACUUUGCACUGUGCAAAAUUUUAAUUUAUUGUUUUUUGCACUGUGCAAUAGGCUUUUUUGAGCUGUCGCUUGUACCCUGAGUUUUCUCGCACUAUGUAAACGCCAAAAAUCAGUCCAGCCACUUUCCGGAGAGCAGUGAAGUGCUAUCAGUCUGUCGGGAAAAUAACGGCGGAUUGUCGUACCAAAAUGUCUCGCCUCGCCGCUAUCGCAGCCCAAAUCCCAAGCCGCCGCUUACAGUCGCAAAGCGAUGAUGGGCAAUUCCGAGGCGCGACGAUCCGCCGUUAUUUUUCCGACAGACUGAUAGAAAGAGGGAUUCGACCUCUAAAAUUGUACUCAAACCUGGCGAAAGUUUAAAUUAAUUUGUUCUAACAAUAAGACCGUAGAAUUUCAAGAAUCUGCCUUGCAAAACCGGCAUUUUCUUUUUUACUGUGAAAAUGAAAGUUUGUCAAAAUUUGAGACAAUUUUGAGUGAUUGCAAAAAACUUUCCAAUUUUCCCCAACUUUCUGUCUACAAGUCUCGGUUGCUUUUGCAAAACCCGAACUAGGAUCCUUGCUUAUUUUUAUAAAGUGUCAGUCUGUCGGGAAAAUAAUAAGCACAAUGUCGUUGCGCCAAUCGCAUCGCUGAAGUGAAAGCAAUUUGAUUUUCCCGCGACACAAUUCAUUUUCUCGGCGGCGCUGCAAUUUGCGAUUCGACAGGGUGCCCAUUAUUUUCCCGACACACUAAUAUUGAGACUGAUAAUCUUAGCGUUGUAUUUCGAGCACCUUCCUUGUGAGUCUUCCAUAAACAACACAGCUUUCUCCUCAGAAUACUCGCUUGUUCCAUUUCGCUCCACCCUGCGGGCACUCCUUGGAUUUCCCACCGCAAUUCAUGGCUUCUAAUUCUGGUGAGCAAAUGGAAAAUUCGCGAGUUGGUUGGGUAGUUAUUGCGGACUCUGUUUAAUCCAAUUUUUUGGGCACGACACGAGAUCUUGGAAACUUCCAGAGUCCGAAAAUUGAGGACUAAUAACAGUACGAAAAUUGCACGGGAGAUUAGUCGGUGUCAAUGGCGGAUACUACGGAAGCCGUAGAUGAAAUCGAAGAGGUUUUUUGCCGACAAAUUUGGUGAUGUUUGGAGUGGUUUAGGAGUACCGUAGGACUUUUGUGGAGGACGGAAAAAGCGGUGAAAAUGAUGACUUUUUUGGUCCCGCUUCUAGGAAUACCGUAUACAUUAGUAUUUACAGAGGGAGUUGUUCAAGUACGACGAUCAAUUCUCGAUGAAACUUGGCACAAAUUUAGCCUAGUUCUCUUUAAGACGCAUGUGAAAUUUCUAGCUCGCGCUUUGCAGGAACAACUGGGGUUUUUUUGAUGGAAAAUUGGCCAAAAACGUAACGUUUUUGUUGAAUUUUGGCAUAAAAACGGUAUUAAUUUCACGCCUAUUUAUACCGUGGAGUGUGAUAUUUACACAAAAAAUCAUUUUUUUCCUUACGAAACUGGCAAGGAUAUGAUCAGAAAGUGUUCUAUCUCUGACCGCUAUCCGAGUUUCGCGUGCUCUCUUGGCCGCCAAAACCUUUGAAUAUCUCGGCGGCGCCUGCAAAGCGCGGGCUAAAACUUUCAGGAAUUGAUGUAUGGCCUAUCCCUGAAAUGUGUUAAAAAUUUAAAGAAAACCUGAGAAUUUGAACGUCGCACUUCAAACCUUCCCUUUCUUAGUGGGUAUUUUACGGAUUUCCCAGAUUUCCCAGAAAAUUCAAACCUCGACCAACCAGAUAUUAACUGAUAUAGACUGAAUAGUCAAUAUCCUUUAUCCCACCGACAAUUCAGCAAUGCAUUUUCACCGAAUUUCCCGUCGAUUUCCCACGGAAAUCGAUCAACCCCCGAGGAGACGGGGAAUUCGGAGAGAAAUCGCCUGUCUUCACGUGUGGAAAGCUUCCAGAAGAAAAGUCCUCGUGUCUUUCGUUGCGGCUUGGACCCACGCCCUGUAUUCUUUGUUUUCCCCGUCAAUGCGACAGAUUUUUUUAUGGAAAAAUUGGGAUUUUUAUCUCUUUCUUAGUAUUGAUGACCAUGAGUAAUAUUUCGAUAUUUUUGCAAAAAAAUGAUCUUGAAAAUUGCUGCUGCUUCUUCAUGUAUAUCAUGUAUAGAUCAUAUACGGUAUCUGGGUUCAGUUUUUGUCGACCAACAAGAGAUAUUUUGAGGAAAAAUCAAGAUUUUGGCAUGAAUUGUCAUCAGAUCUCCAUGAAUAAUACAUUUUGAUCUGUUUGACCGCCAAAUUUCCUCAAAUACCCUUGAAAUAACUGAACGUUAGAUCAGAGAUCCCUCUCCCUUACCGUAUUCGCACAACUCGCCGAGCUGAACACAGAAACGUCCAGAAAGUUUUCCCCGUUUCCCAACAAGCGCCGCCUAUUUUCAAAACAAGCACGCCACCUCGGGCAAAAAGAGCUUUGAAUAAAUUGAGAGAGACAGAGAGGACGAAGAAAACAAGAGAAGCGACCCGAUCACGAGCGUGAAUCACUUGCACGUGUACCACUUCCUUCCAAAAUACAACAAAAUUUUUGGAGGCUCUAUAAAAGCCGAAAAAAGAGGGGUGACAAUGGCGGAGAGCUCUGAGAAAAAAGGUCGUAAAGAUAAGGCGGGGUUUUGUCAUGUUCUAGAUUAUGGCUUAUAGAGAUUUGGAGCCUCCGGGGAAGAUUACAUUUCAAAUCCCAGCUUUCCCGCUAAGCUUGGCAUUGUGUUUCUGGGAUUUUAUUUUUAAGGGAAAUUGAUGAUUUUGCACUCAAAGCUAUCAGGAGGCCAUAUUUUAGAAGUGUCUAGUGAUUUUAAGACCAUUUCUUUGUUUAAUCUUUGAUUUUCAUCAAAAAAAUUUUGAGAUUUUGUGAUUCAUAGCAAGUCUAAGGCCUUUUAGCACUUACAUCAGCGCUUGAAUCAUAUCAAACUUAAAUAUUUUCCUCUUAUUUUCCCUGAAAAUUGAUUUCAAAACUGUCAUUUAUCAUCUUUACUGUCCCAAUUAUCAUUCCCAUCCCAUCUUCCCUCCUCCUUCGACAUGGGCCCGCAAGCGACGUAAUGUAUAUGCAGUAGAGGGAAGAGAGCGCGUUCUAGAAGAAUUCCCGGCCUCGUCACUCGUCUGCUCUUUCCCCUGCCCUCCCGAGAACACACAAUCCCCCCCCCUUUGGGUUGAAAUUUGGGUGCAAACGAACCGCUUUUUCCGCUCGCUACAAGAAAACUUUAACGGCAGGUGCAAAUUUCUCGACGCUAAAAUGACCGGCUAUAUGUAAGCUAUAACAUACAACCUAAGAUUGUCCAAUCUCGCCGAUUUUUUCUCAGAAAUUUGGCAAAAAUCCAAAAAAAUGAGACGAAAUUAAAGUCGUCCCAAAAAUUGGCCAAUUUCCAACAAAAAAUCGGUAGUUUCGGAAAGAAAAUGGUAUGCAAAUUGUAGCCAGGAGAAUGCAGAAGUUACUGGAAACGAGCAUUCAUUGGCUACACCGGAGCAACUCUCUCGUUUUGAGUCCUUUCUCGAUCUUUCCACGCUUUUUUCCGACGCCCCGAAUUCCCCGCCCCCAAACGGAAAAGGAUAGAAGCGCUCCGAUCUUUCUGGCGUUUAUAUUUUCGUGUAUUCCCUUGUGCUUAUAAUAGCGUCCCAUUCCGGCUGAUUGCAGAGAUAUUUUCGAAUUUUUUUGGAGCUUAAACUUGAUGACCUUAUUUUAGACGAAAUCUGAAAAAAAUCUUUGCCAAAUCCCACAACAGAUUACAGAAUGCUUGUUGGCGAACAAACAAGGGAUGAAUCAGGCGGCCGUUGGCAGGAAAUUUGGCUAAGUGCCUGAGGGGAAACUUGUUAAACCUCCGAUUAAUUUCGCUAAAAGCCCGCGAGAACCUGAAAUUUCUCAUUGUCUAUCGACCAUCAACUUCGGGCGGCGUCGAGAUGGUUGUAAACCCUCUUCCAGACCUUUUCCCAUAUUAUAUUGAAGUUUUGGUUAUUCAAAUUUAACCGAAAUCAACUAAAAAUUGAUAAUUUUUGAGAAAAAUCAAUAAAAUUUUUGACAUUUCGCCCAAUUUCUCGAAAGAUCGGAAAAAAUCCCGCGAACCCGACGGUAAAAUAAAUGAAAUCCCAAUUUUUUCAAUUUCCGUGAGCGCUGGGAGAAAUUGCGAGCACGAACCAGCGAAUAAACGAACUCUCUCUUUUCGUGCGGCUUCUCGAAAUUUCCUCAAAACUUUUCCGCCACCCGCUCGCCCCUUUUCGGCGGGGUUUUUUGUAUUUUCUCGCGAUUUUCGGCGGAAUUUUUUGGUGAUUGUGAUUACCAUCACUGUAAUACGGUAGGCUGAAGGUAUUUCCAUAGUAUUUACCAUUUUAUUGGGACUUUUUUGUAGGAAAAUCGAUCGAUUUUUGGGGGAGACAUCAGAUUUUUAAAGGUUGUUUUCUUUGUUUCAAAUUUUAGGCAUGUUCCUGUAGAUGAAUAUUGAAAUUUUUGAUGUCAAAAUGAAGCUUAUGUCCUGUAGUUUCAGUUGAGACCAUGUAGUGGCCUAGACCUUUCCUUAGGUUUGAGCACUGGGCUUUCGAAUAUUAUCCAUGACCUCGGAGAUGACGUUUUUGUAAAUGCCGUUCUCCACCGUUCCACCUGUGUUUUUCCAACGUCCUAUACGUUCCCGACUAUUUUCCCUUCUUCGUUUUUUUGUUUACCAUAAGACCUCUGCUUGUGGGAAUUCUUCUAGAAACUUUGUGGGCAUUCAAUUGUUGAUUGGUUGGAUCCCAAAAAAUUCCCAAAAAUAACUCAAAUUCAUUCAAUUUUCCCGGCCGAUAAUCAAGACGGGAGACUGUAUUUUGUCUGUCCGCCCUUGCAGGACGUUUUAUCGCUUCCGGCCGAGAUUUACGCAGGGUUUAAGCCGAUUUGCCGGCAAAAAUCCAUCGUUUCGAGAAAGUUUUUGAUGAAAAUGUGGAUUGUUUGAGGAAUUUUUAGUGUUUAUGUCAUCUGGAUUUCUUGAAAGACUUCUCAAAGGGCUUAUUUUGCGAUUUCACUUUUGACUUCAUAAUUUUUCAUCGAGUUUUGAUCUUAUUUUAGUCUUCUUUAGGUGUCCAAAAAGUUUGCCGGUACGGUAUACCCGAAAACUUUUUGGACAUUUUAAUUUUCCACAGAUUCUUGCUUUGUCUGACCUUGCCAUUGAGUUGAUAUUGUAUUUGCCGUGUUUUUAAGCUGAACUCGCGAUUUUUUACCUUAUUUUAGGUAUCUUUAGGCGAAAUUUUUGUUUUUUCGAAUUUUGAAAAAAUUUUUUGGACUUUAACAGAUGAAAUUUGGGUUUUAACAGGUUGGAAAAGAUAUUAGCUCUCUUAAAAUUAAAUUUCCAAUAGAUAUUAGAUCGUAUUUUACCUUGAUUUCAGACUUUUCAUUAGAUUUUUUCUUAUUUUUGUGAUUUUUCGAUUUUUAUUCGUGUCUUUCAUAUUUUUGAAUGUUUGAAGGCACUUCUUGGAUAUUCUAAAGUAAUUUUUCUUUCAGAACUCAUCAAUUUUCGCCGUCCAACACUAUUUCCAGCGGCUUUUCCGACGUCUCCGAGCCAAAUCUUCGGCUGGCUUCGAACUGAAUUUUCAAGCGAAACCUUCGACGUCCACCUGAUCAAGUUGAAGUCGCCAAAGCCCACAGAACCGGUGAGUCUGGCCGAUCGCAUCCUCCGUUCGCACCAUCUGCUGCCCAAGUCCCGUCUAGCGCACUUCCGAGCUGGAGCGGGCCGCGAAUUGAGUGGGAGGAAGCCGCAGAGUCCCGUAUGCACGCGGAGCGCCCCGAAGAGACCGGUCGAUACCAACGCGUUGGUGCCAGUUGUCUCGUUGUGCAAGGACCAAGUUUUUUGCAAGAAGAAGCGACUAGUUCGGCAAGUACAACAUCAAAAAGGUGGUGUGGCCGCGCGGCUAGCGGACACUCGACUCUGCCAUAUUCGAAAAGACUCUACAGAGGAUUUGGAGGCAAUUCAGGCUCAGCAGAGUCCUCCCGGUGCAACAGAACAUCAAAUUUUUGGCGCACAGUGCGAAAAUCGAAUUUCCGCACAGUGCAGUCGGAACUCCGAAUUCUCCAAAAACUCGACCAAAUCAAGUCUUCAGAGCUCCGCAAACCACUUCAGCCCUUUCAAAACUCAUCCUUUCACCUGCGCCACGAAUUCCUGGGCUACCGCUAUAAGCGUCGCAAGUCGCACACCUAACUUUUUAUCCUAUUCCUCCCAAUUCCGGAGAAAUUCGUUGGGCUCCGAGUCGGCAUCCUCAAAUACCUCAAUUUCCGACUGUGAGGAGGACGAGAUGGCUCCCAAUGUGGAUCCCAUCGAGGACUUGCAGAAUUAUAUUCAGAAUCCGGUCGACGACCAACGAAAUGUGGGCCUGCAGAAGCAAUUCGCCUCAAUUCUGCAUGCCAACAAGUGUAUGAAACAGAAACAGGUGAGUAAAAAGUAGAUUAGAGCUUCUUUUAUCUUAUUUUGAAGAUUUUUUGAGCAGAUAUAAACAAAAAAUUUUUUUAUGACCAAUUUUUUCGAAGCUGUCAUCAAAAUUUUUUCACUUGUUUUUCAACCCGUAAAAUUGUAAAUUCUCUAAAGACUAGAUAGUAAAAUAUAUUUUCCAUUAUGUAAAGAGGCUUUUCAAGGACUUGUAAAUGCUUUUUCCACCACUUUCCAAUCACUUUAUCACCCCAAUUUUCGCUUCAGAAUAACAUGUGCACCUUGCCGAUUUGCCCUCAAUGGAAGGUGGUUUUAAUGCAUUAUAACCAGUGCAGUAAUGGACUGCAUUGUACGUUCGAGCAUUGUGCAACGUCAAGAGUAUUGUUGAUGCAUUUUGAGAGUUGCCAGCGAGCGGAAUGUUCGUUUUGUGCACCUUUGAGACGACCGCAAAGUAAGUGUUUUUUUAUAUUUUUGAGGAUUUUAUAGGAUUCUUUUGAUGAUCAAAGAAUUCAGUGGGAAUUUUAAUGGGAUAUAUAGAGCUAUCGCGGAUGUGAUUAGAGUUUUUUUUAUUGAAAAAAUUGUAAUUUUUGGGAUUUUUUGGAAUUUUCGGAAUUUUUUUUUUAUUUUUGAAAAUUUUCAAAAUUAGAUGACCAUUUUUUUUGAAAGGUUGUACUGUAGCUACGUAAAUUUUGCUACUUUUUCUUUGCUAGUAUUUCUGUAUCUUUUCAUAAUACCAAAAUUGAUUUAUAGUCGAUUUUCCGAUGUUAUCCAUGACCAAAACCAACCUUUUUUUGAAUUUCGAAUUUUUCCUCUCAAAUGGCGCCUAAUGUCAUAACCCGGCUGUUAUGACAUCCUAUGCACUUCAUUCUUUUAGUCCAACCUACUAACGAUCUACCCGCUACAGGACGAGAGCGCCGCGAGACCGUCUCCUCGACCCACUCCUUCUUCGUGCAAUCGCCCAAUUCGUCCUACGAACAGGGCUCCUACUCCUACGAGGGCAUGUCCCACGCGUCGCAGGCCUAUUUCCGCCGAUGGGGAGAGUGGAAUGAGACCCGAGUGCAGACCAACAACACCACGCAUUACUACACAACCACACACAUGGCCAUUACGAAUGUGGAGGAUGACGGGAACAGCAGUCAGGAGGAUCAGAGCAUGGAACGGGAGGUUUGUCAGACGGAGAGGAUCCAAAGAGAGCUGGUGGUUAUGUUGCAUGUGCAGAAAUGCGCUGCUAUGGAUAUGGUAAGGGGGAUUUUUUGGGGUUUUGUGGAUUAGAAAAAAAAUUUUUUAAAAAAUUUAGAAAGAAUUUUAGGAAAAAAAUUUUUUGAUUUUUUUUUUUUUUUUUUUUUUUUUUUGAAAUUGAUGUCUACAGCAAUUUUAAAUAGAAGAUUAGAGGUUGGAACUAAAUUUAGAAGACCUUUCGUGACGGUUUACAUUGAUUUUGAAAAAAAAAAUUGAUUUUUUUUUUUUUUUUUUUUUUUUUGAAAUUGAUGUCUACAGCAAUUUUAAAUAGAAGAUUAGAGGUUGGAACUAAAUUUAGAAGACCUUUCGUGACGGUUUACAUUGAUUUUGAAAAAAAAAAAAUUGAUUUUUUUUUUUUUUUUUUUGAAGUUGAUGUCUAAACCAAUUUUAAAUAGCAAAUUAGAGGCUGAAACAAACUUUCGAAGACAUUUCAUGACGGUUUACAUUGAUUUUCAAAAAGAAAAAUUUUUUUUGAUUUUUUUUUUGAAAUUGAUGUCAAAAACUAAUUUUAUUAGAAGAUUAGAGGUUGAAACAAAAUUUAGAAGACCUCUCUUGACGGUUUACAUUGAUUUUCAAAAAUAAUUCAAAAAAAAUUUUUUUUUUCAAAGUCAUUUUUUUCAGGAAAACCUCAGCCAGGAGAGCGAGAUCAUGUGCGCCGUGCCGCACUGCUCCAAAAUGAAGCGCACCCUGAUCCACGUGGCGAUGUGUCGGGGCGAGGACUGCGACUUCCCCGAGUGCGACGUGACGCGCAGCAUCAUCGACCACUGGCUGACCUGCCGCAAGGACAGCUGCGGCGUGUGCGCGCCGGUCCUCAAAUUCAUGCGUAAGUACAUUUGCGACCCGGACUUGGGCUCGUUGGCCAAGGCCAAGUUGGGAGUGGCCAAAGCCGCGUUGGGAUUGGCGUGCGUUUAGCGGGCGGAGGUAGGUGGAGAAGUGGUCGGAACAGGGGGAAGAGGAGUCUGGUGGCGGUGAAAAGGGUAGUAUUUGAUGUAGGAAUGAUUUGGAGGUAUAAAAAUAUCAUUGCCUUAGGGAAAAUUCGAUUUUUGGUAGGGAAAAUUUCAUUUUUGUCGAUUUUUGGGCAAUUUUGAGAGUUUUUUGAAAAAAUAAUGGUAAAAAUGCCUUGAACUUUUGAGUUUUAUGGGUCUAAGAGGAAGCUAAAAGUGUAGUAGGUCUUUGUAGAUGGAUUUGGAGGUGUAAAAAUUUCAUUGCCUUAGGGAAAUUUCAAUUUUUUCGAUUUUCGGGACUUUUGGCGAGUUUUUCGAGAAAAUAAUGGUAAAAGUGGCUUGAAAUUUUGAGUUCUAUGUAUCUAAGAGGAAGCUGACAGUUUAUUAGUUCUAUGUAGCUGAAUUUGGAAGUAUAAAAAUUUCAUUGCCUUAGGGAAAAUUCAAUUUUUUCGAUUUUUGGGCGAUUUUUCGAGUUUAUCGAAAAAAUAAUGGUAGAAAUGGCUUAAAAUUUUGAGUUUUAUGUAUCUAAGAGGGACUUGACAGUGUAAUAGUUCUAUACAGGUCGAUUUGGAAGUAUAAAAAUUUCAUUGCCUUAGGGAAAAUUCCAUUUUUCGAUUUUUGGGCAGGGUUUUUUUAGUAAAUAUAAAAAAAUUUUUUUGCCAGUGGACUUACCGUUUCAUUUUCAGCUGCUCUCGACGGUGAGGAGUUCGACAACGAUGGAAGACUGGUAAAUCUCCUCUACACCGCCUCCAAUCGUCUGGAGAAGCUGAACAACCAAGAGGUCCUAAGACAAUGUCAACAGAGUUUGGAGGACGCACAACCCCAAUUGGACUGCCCCUCGACCAGCUCCGGCUUCAUUACUCCGUCAGCAUCAAAUGCGGACCUCCAAAGCGCCCUGAAACGCCAUCUGGAGGGCUCCAUGUCAUCCGAUGACUCGAACCAAAGCUCCAGCAAUUCGUCCCAAGAAUCGUCGAGAAGAGGCUCGUUGAAGAAGAAGGUCAAGCAUUGGGAUGGACCUUGA